AUGAAAACUCUAGCACUCUUAUCUCUGGCCGGCUUGGUCUCUGCCCAAGCUGCUCCGUACGCCCAAUGUGGCGGAAGCGGUUAUUCCGGCUCUACAACAUGUGUCUCUGGCUGGGCUUGCGAAUACCAGAAUGACUGGUUUAGCCAGUGCCUUGCAUCUUCUGGCGGUAGUACCACUACUCUAUUGACAACCACAACUAAAACGACCACUACAACAAAGCCAACCGUCAUCAGUCCUAGCGGGACAGGGUUCCCCACUACAAAUGGACUGGAUUUUGAAAUCGGUGAAAAGAAAAGCUACUUUGCCGGUUCCAAUUCCUACUGGAUUGGCUUCCUCACCAACAAUGACGAUGUGGAUCUUGUGUUCGACCACAUGGAUGAAUCCGGGCUCCGGAUCCUCCGAGUUUGGGGAUUUAACGAUGUCAACACUGUUCCAUCUUCCGGGACUGUUUAUUACCAACUCCUUAAAGAUGGAACUGCCACCAUCAACACUGGCGCAGAUGGCCUACAGCGUCUGGACUAUGUGGUUGCUUCCGCCGAGGCACGGAAUGUGAAACUCAUCAUCAACUUUGUCAACAACUGGUCGGAUUAUGGGGGUAUGGCGGCGUAUGUCACUGCCUUUGGUAGUAGCCAGACAAGUUGGUAUACAAAUACUGCAGCUCAAACGGCCUACCGUGCUUACAUCAAAGCCGUUGUUUCCCGGUAUAUUGACUCGCCUGCCGUCUUUGCAUGGGAGUUGGCCAAUGAGCCUCGCUGCAAAGGCUGUGACACGUCGGUUCUUUACAACUGGAUCCAGUCUACCAGUGCCUAUAUCAAGUCUCUAGACUCAAAGCAUAUGGUUGCCAUUGGUGAUGAGGGCUUCGGACUGGACACUGGGUCUGAUGGCAGCUAUCCCUACAGCUACAACGAGGGUCUGAACUUCACAAUGAAUCUAGGGAUUGAUACCAUCGAUUUUGCUACAUUCCAUCUCUACCCAUCCAGCUGGGGAACCACCAAUGAUUGGGGCAACGGGUGGGUCAAAUCCCACGGAGCUGCCUGUGUAGCAGCUGGCAAGCCCUGUCUCUUUGAAGAGUAUGGUGUCACGUCUGAUCACUGUGCCGUUGAGGCUCCAUGGCAGAAGACGGCGUUGGACACCACCGGCAUUGCAGGUGAUCUCUACUGGCAGUAUGGAGACACGCUGAGUUCGGGGAAAUCUGCCGAUGAUGGAAACACCUUCUACUAUGGAACUAGCGAUUUCACUUGUCUGGUGACGGACCACGUCGCAGCCAUUGACUCCUAG